UUCGGAACGCCGACGGAGUUAGUAGUGCAAGAGAGAGAUGAAGUAUCCAGCAGAUAGAGAAAGAGAGAGACCAAUCAAGGUUUGACGAACGACGGGGAUUGGUCCGUUCUCCUGACACGCAGCGCGGGCACGUGACAACUACCGCACCGACUACGAGAAUCGCGGUUCAGUACGAUACCACCUCCCUCCGCGCACGCAACUGCACGAAAGAGGCAGCACAUGGGCAGGCUUGUCUCGGCAGCCUCUAUACCUCUAUUUUCUUACUGUACCCGAAGGCGUGUGGUGCUACACUUAAAGUGAGACGGUAACUCGAGCCAGUCUUAAAUUGUACGCCGUCACUUGGUCUCGAUACAAACUGUAGUGUUGAUCAACCUCCAAUGUUUAUUUUAUUCGUUUGGUAAUAGUCUACGGUAUUACGAAAGUGCACUGUUUUAAAUAUUUUGAAUUAAUAAAACUAUUUGAAUCAUACAAAUAAUAAAAUAUUCGGAUUUGUGUAGUGAAAUUAAAUUAAUCAUUUAAUGUAUUGUUUUGUUUUGAAUAGUUAUUAUUAUUGCUUGUGAUCGUUAGAAUAAUGUAACAAUGCAAGUUUAGAAAAAAUUAACUUACAUGUUUAAAGAGAAAACCAUCAAAUGAAGGUGAUCUUCCAUCUAUUUCUCAAUGGAGCAGAGUCUGCAUUCACGCCAGGCAGUAGUAACAAUAACGUGUCAGGUCUCGCGAGUUCCCCGUGGGUAAUUGUACCCGGUAAGGUCGUAAAGAAGCGGAAGACAGUUUUAUAGUCCCGACCCACGUGGCGCUCGUAAAGUAACUCAGCUCUUGUAGCGGUUGCUUACCUCUCUAUUAGUUAGUGUGAUCUUUUUCAUCAUUCAUUAUUGAAUCAUUAUUGUGAUAAUAAAUCAUCCAUUUGUUUAUAUCAUGACUUCUAAUUGAUGAAAGACGUUUAGCACUAUUGUAAGAUCCAUUAAAUCAUCAACAAAUACAGGUAUCGGAAUUUAAGUGAUAUGCUGUUGUCAAACCGUGAUUUUAAGUAAAGUUGAUAGAUAGUAUUUUUUAGUUAAAUGAAGCAGUCGGUUGUUUGAAAAUGAUUGAUAAUUUAUUUAUUACUUGAAAAACUGUACCAAUGUUGUGAAUAUAGUAAAGUGAAGGAAUUGGGGAAACACUUGCAUGAUAUCGCAAGCAGUAAUUGUUUUCCUAACAAAAUUACGAAUAGUGCAAGGGGUUGACUUGUUGAACUAACAAUGAGUUCUUAUCAAUUCGUUAAUUCUUUAGCAGCCUGUUAUGGAGGCCAACAACCUCAGCAACAGCAGCCACGUCCGACACCGAAUUCUCCGAGUGAGGCUCUGCAAGCUGCAUCUCCCGCCGGUAAUGAUUAUUAUAAUCCUAAUGCUGCAACAACUGGUUAUCCAACUCCAUGCUAUUCACCACAGCAGCACUAUCCUCAGCAUCCUUAUGCAACACCAGCAGCAGGAUUGCAACACCCAGCACCUACGGGGAUGAUUGACUACACGCAACUUCAACCUCAGCCAAGGUUAAAUGCAACGGCUUCUCAACAUAGCUUGCACGCUCAACAAUCACAUCACUCGCAGCAUCAUUCUCAGUCACAAAUUCACUCAGAUCCAACUGCACCGCUUCUACAAGGCGUAACACCCUCAUCAGCACCUUCAACUUCAAGUUGUAAAUACGCUGAUUCAACUUCUUCGACAAGCGUUGCUUCCCCUCAGGAUCUUACUACAUCAACAUCACGAAAUAGCCCUACGCCACUGGCUGGCACCAGUAAAUCUAGUACCACAAUUACAUCACCAUCUGGAAAUUCUUCACGACCAUCGGUUGCCGCGUCUGCCUCUUCACCUCCAAGUGGGAGUUCGAGAGGUGUCGCCGAAGGUAGCACCUCUCUUACAACAGCAUCUUCAGCAUCAUCACCAGCUUCCUCCACAUCAAGUACUUCUAGUACUGGGAAUAACUCAUCUAAUAAAGGGAACUCAAAUAACAGUAAUCCACCUCAAAUAUAUCCGUGGAUGAAGAGGGUUCACAUCGGACAAAGUACUGUGAAUGCUAAUGGUGAAACAAAACGUCAAAGAACAUCUUACACGAGGUAUCAGACUUUAGAAUUGGAAAAAGAAUUCCAUUUUAAUCGUUACCUAACAAGGCGGCGACGUAUUGAAAUUGCACAUGCACUGUGUUUAACAGAACGCCAGAUUAAAAUAUGGUUCCAAAAUCGACGAAUGAAGUGGAAAAAAGAACACAAGAUGGCGAGUAUGAACAUCGUACCGUACCAUAUGUCACCAUACGGGCAUCCCUACCAGUUUGCACCGCACCCGAGCCAGUUUGCCCAUUUGGCCACAUAGGACGAGUUCUCGCCCGCCGAGCUCGGAGCACACGCUGUCCGGUUUCCCAGUAUGUACGGUGAGCAGAAUUUCUAAGGCUUCCUGUGCUAUAACAUCCCAUCAACUUGUUCACAAGUUAAGAUAAGCUAGAUCCAAUGAUAUACUUGACUUGUUCUGGAGCACUUGAAUGAUUUAUUGUUUCAUUUAUCCAUCUUUGUAGACAAACGAUCUACCAUCAAAACCAAUUAGAUCAAUCACAUCUGAAAAAUUCAUUUAUUUAUUCCAAUACAAUACAUUUUAUUUAUUGACCAUUUUACGAUCGCAUGAUAUACAUUUAUAUAGACUGAAACAUAACAUAUCAUUCAAUUGCUUACAGAUAUUUUUCUAAGUCAAUUUGACCGAUACAAGUUGAAGGAAGCUCAUUAGUAAAAACUUAAAAAUUCUGCUGAAAUAAUAUCCGUACACCUGACCGAUAAUUCAUCAAGACUGGACGAAACUCCGAGAUGACUCUCGUAACAAUGCAAUAUUAAAUGAAUAAUCGAUUUAAAAAUAAUUAUAAACUUUAAAUAAAAAAUAAUUAAAUUGCAGAGAGUCAGACUUAGUGGGCGAGGUGGAACAAUCUCAUUAGUUUGUAAGAAUAAACUUCAGUGAAUAUAAUUAUUAUACGACUGUAAAUGCUUGAAAAUCAUUUGUUAUAUCUUUUUCGUAAGCGGCCGAAAAUGUUUGCAUUUGAGAGUCUGAAGAAAAAAAAUAUAAAUAAAAAGUACUUAUACUUUCAAGCUUCCCUCAAAUGAUCGCUUGAGUGGAAAAGUUACAGCAUUAUAAUACUGCUAUUCAGUUCAAUAGUUAUAUAACAUCAAAUUUAAGCUCCCUAUAUUGAUUUAAGUUCGGUAAGACCAAUUAGUAAAAACAAUUUUUUUUCUUUUGUAUUUUAGUUAUUAUGUAUCACUAAAAAAUCGAAUAAAUCAAAUUUAAUUUAAAUUUAGUUUUAAUUUAAUUUCAUUAAAGGGCUGAGCUAUUUGAACUUAAUACCUCUAGCCAAUUGAACAGUAUUAUGUAAAGUUCAAUUAACCUUUAACAGUUGAGUUAAUGUUGAAACUUUUCAAUUCAGGCGAAUAGGUAAAUUAAUUUAUAUGAUUGAUACUUUAUCACAAUUUUUUCUCGAACUUGUAAAUUCUUACCAAAUAAGAAUAACUUUGUUUGUUAAAGUAAGACUUAAUGAUAGUCAUAUAAAUAAUUUUAACAAAAGCAAAAUUAAGAGCAAUUGGUUAGAACGUUAAAUGUACAAAGUAUACCGUUCUAUAUUUGUUACAUAGAAAUUAAAAUAAAAAAAAAAAAAAAAAAAAAAAACGAUGUCUCAAUUAAAUU